UAACGCCCCGGUGUUUGUACCGAGCUUCCUUCAAGCAAGCGCCGUGGAAAUGCCGGCUUCAUACGGUGCCCCUGAUCCGGUUGCCAGCAUGGAGGUGGCAGAAACAGUCGGUAUGCAACCAUGGUGUACUGCAGCCACUGCAUGUUCAGGUUAUUAAAUGACUAAUCUGGCUGUCAGGCAGGAUGGUACCACAAGACAGGUGUGGUUGUACGCUCAGGUGUGCACAUUUACCUGCAGCCAGAUUUGAAAUCUCAGUCCAAACCACAUGCAGACUACGGAAGCCUGGAUGCUCACUUUUGGCUUGUGGGUUCACUUACUGAGCCAUAUUUGGAUUGCUGGCAUCGGUGAACCCAUGUGCAUGGGCUUACGUUUGAUAUGAUGCAACCCCACUUGACCAUGCCUGAAAUAGACAUCCCAUUGGCUGUGAUAUGUUUCGAGUGCUGAACGCCCAAGGCCCUGGCCAGCUGUGUGUCAAAGCAAUGGGAAUGUAUUUGAUUACCCCAGAAAACCGCAGCCACUCUGUGCUUACUAGUUUCAGUUUGCCCGAGUCUGAUUCAUUCACACUUUUGGCCUGACCCUGGAUGACGUGUGCCUCUACUCAAGUUACAGGGAACCAGUGGUGUUUUUGUUUUUAAUGGAAUGGCUGAGCGCUGCAGCUGUAACAGAGUGAGUGACAAGGGGAGGCAAAACAGAAUAAUCAGAUGUAGUGCAUGUAAAAGACAUGACAGUGAGUAUUGCCUGAGGAAACAUUUCCUCUCCACAUUUCCUGCAGACUACAUAUUCAUGAAGAUGCUCGUUCUAAUGCGUGCCUCUUCAAAUUGCUCUGAACAUUUCUGAAACACAAAUGCUAAUCACAGCACAACAAGACUGUUGACAAAGUCAAGGCACGGAUGGCUGUCUGACUUUCCAGCAGCAAUCUCUCACAGGCUGAUUCUAAACUGAGAGGGCUGAGAAGAAAAUAUGCAUUGUACAUGACUGCUGGCCUGCAUAAUUUCAUAGUUACGGAAAUGGGAGGCUUAUUUGUGUGUUGUCAUGGGGAGACGCUUCUUCUGCCCGGCUCAGCAGAUUUCACUGAACACGUGUUUCAGGUUUUUGUGGUUUGUAUGUUGGAUUUGUUUGCUCGGCAGAACAUUGCCUUGAUUGUGUUUUUAACGAGUGAACGAGACUAAUGAACGAUGAACAGCAGAACACACACAGUGAAGCCUUGAAGCUGUUUUUUGAUCAUCUGCCAAGGUAAUUGAGUUUUACGAGCAUGUGCUAUCCUCGAGGUCUUCAUACGACACAUAUUACACAUGUAGGUUCCAGCAGUGGUUGGUGCACCUGCAAAUCAGAAUACCUGUCAUGUGCAAGCAGUGUGGAUUUGUUUUUCUGUUAAGUGCAAGAAAUAUCCAUGCUAGGGGGGAUUGGGCAGCUGCUGUGACUGCAAAAGCAUUUAUCUAGAGCGGCAUUAAUUUAUUGAUUAGUUCCCUAACUGUUAAAUUAAUUGCCAGCUAUUUUGGUAAUUGAUUUAUUUGUUUGAGUCGUGUUUUAGGAAAAAAAUGUUCAAAAUUCUCAGAUUUCCCAUUUUCUGAGAUAUUAUAGAUCAAACAGCUAACGAUUAAUCAACGAAGUACUUGGCAGAUUAAAUAAGUAAUCGUUAGUUGCAGCCAUAUAUUGGACAGGUUGGACAUUGAAGUUAUAGUUGAUAAAAACUGGUGAAGGCAGUUUUACGGCACAAUCCCUAGAAUCAAGAUAAAAUUACAAUAGAAUAGCAUGACUUAACGAGACCAGUAUUAGACACAAUAAUUCCCAAUAAUCAUACACGAAAGAACUAUAAUAUAUAAGAAAUACACAAAAAAUAGUGGUGUAGGAUAUAAUAAUAAUGUAGGAACAAGAGGACUUCACUCAGUACAUUUCUGUCUUUGAAGAAUUGUUUCCGUGUCUGUUUGAAGUGUGCAAGAGGGGAUCUCAUUCCAAAUUUCUGUGCAAAUGUGGUAAAAGGAUUUAAGUUUGGUAUAAACAUAAAACUGGCAGAAAUGUCGACGCUUGAAUGAAGUCCAGGAUUCAGAAUCAAUCAGGACUCGUGAUGAAGGAAUCGUGCUCCAGUGGAGAAUGGAAGCACAGAGGCAGACAUGACCACAGAGGAAGAGACGUGGGAGCAGAAGGAGGAGCCGGGGGGAGGAGGAGGAGGUGGAGGAGAGGAGGACCUGGGGUCAGGAGGAGCCUGCGAAGAGGGCGCCAGGAGGAAGGAGGAUGAGGAGAUGAUGGAGGAGGAAGAGGAGGAGAUGCCCUUGCCCAAAGUGGCUCCGGCACUGCCGGAUGCGCCCAAGAAAGAGCACGUCAACGUGGUGUUCAUCGGUCACGUGGAUGCUGGUAAAUCAACUAUUGGAGGACAGAUCAUGUACUUAACCGGAAUGGUUGACAAGCGAACCCUGGAGAAAUACGAAAGGGAAGCGAAAGAAAAGAACAGGGAGACAUGGUAUCUGUCGUGGGCUCUGGACACAAACCAGGAGGAGAGAGACAAGGGGAAGACGGUCGAGGUCGGGAGAGCUUACUUUGAGACUGAGAAAAAACAUUUCACCAUCCUGGACGCCCCCGGUCACAAGAGCUUCGUCCCCAACAUGAUCGGUGGAGCGUCACAAGCCGACCUGGCGGUUCUGGUGAUUUCAGCGAGGAAGGGGGAGUUUGAGACCGGCUUUGAGAAGGGUGGACAGACGCGGGAGCACGCCAUGCUGGCUAAAACAGCAGGAGUCAAGCAUCUCAUUGUUCUGAUCAACAAGAUGGACGACCCCACUGUCAACUGGAGCCUAGAGAGGUAUGAAGAGUGCAAGGAGAAGCUUGUGCCAUUUCUAAAGAAGGUGGGAUUCAACCCCAAGAAGGACAUCCACUUUAUGCCUUGCUCCGGACUCACAGGUGCCAACCUCAAGGACCCCGUACCCGAAUGCCCCUGGUACACGGGUUUGCCAUUUAUUGCCCAUCUGGACAGUUUGCCAAACUUCACCAGAUCCAGCGAUGGACCAGUCAGACUACCUAUCGUAGACAAGUACAAGGACAUGGGCACAGUUAUCCUCGGGAAGCUGGAGUCUGGAUCCAUCAGCAAAGCCCAGCAGCUGGUCAUGAUGCCAAACAGGCACACAGUGGAAGUAUUGAGCCUGCUGAGCGACGAUGUGGAGACAGACGACGCGGGUCCUGGAGAGAAUCUGAAGCUGAGGCUGAAGGGCAUCGAGGAAGAAGAGAUCCUCCCUGGUUUUAUCCUCUGUAGCCCUGACAACCUCUGCCACUCCGGUCGCACCUUCGACGCUCAGAUCGUCAUCAUUGAGCACAAAUCAAUCAUUUGUCCUGGUUACAAUGCAGUCCUUCACAUCCACACCUGCAUUGAAGAAGUGCAAAUCACAGCCUUAAUCUGUCUGGUGGACAAGAAGACGGGAGAGAAAAGCAAAACUCGACCACGUUUUGUCAAGCAGGACCAGGUGUGUAUCGCCCGGCUGCGGGCAGCAGGAGUCAUCUGCUUAGAGACCUUCAAAGACUUCCCUCAGAUGGGACGAUUCACACUGAGAGACGAAGGGAAAACUAUUGCUAUCGGCAAAGUGCUGAAGCUGGUGCCAGAAAAGGACUAAAUGCAACAGUGGCAGCAUGCAUGGAGUUCUUCCACUCGUUACCAGAGGAGAAACGCUGCUAGAGCCGACCCAAACAGCUACUCUCUCUUUACACACAACUAUGCUGAAGAGGAGAAAAAAGACAAGGAGGAAAGAAUGAGAAUAAAAACGCGUCAAAUGAAGAAAACAAGACUGAAUCAGUUUUUAUGAUGAACAAUAUGAAGUGAGAGACCAAGUCCAGUGUGUCAGCUUUCUCAUAUUGAGAGCUCAGCUAUGCCACUAAUGUAGCUACAUGUCCCCCUUCUGUACUCCCACGGCUAACCGCGCUGUUGGCUGGCCGCGCCAUUUGUUUUUAGAAUGGAGAUGGAUGCAGUGUUAUUUAGAUUGGGGAAGAAAAACAAAAACUACGGAAAGUUUCAUAUCCUGCAAAAGACCAGAGUUAUCCUGUAAUUAUAAUUUGCAAAGUACAUCUCCCCUUUUAAGAGUGGGAUUAAGAAUCCAAUGGACAGUUAUUUGGUUUUAAGGAUUGCUGUACCAAAAUUUUUAGUUUGGUCUCUCUCCACAUGAGAUGGUUUAAUUGGGCUCACCUACUACUCUGAUGAACCAUGGAUAAACACACUCACACAAACAGACAGACACACAGCUGUUACAUAACCUAAGCUGAAAAUAAAUGAUCAAGCUGCAAAACAAAGUGUGUUUGUUUUUC